AUGAUAAAGAAAACAAUAAGAAGAGCAAUACGUGUAAGGUACUACUCUCAGCCUACUGUUCAGACCAUUUCAGUUUUAGAUCCGAAUUUCAAGCUUGCAAAUAACUCCACUAUAGUGAGUGGAAUACAGCCUACUGGCACAUUUCAUUUGGGUAACUAUUUUGGGGCUAUCAAAUCCUGGCAUGAUUUGAACACCAAAGUUAAUAAGGAUCCAGAGACCAAAACUUCUCUGAGUUUUUUUGUUGCUGAUUUACAUUCAUUGACCGUUCCUCAAGAUUAUCAGUUGCUGCACAAACAAAGAAUUGAAGCUUUUGCGUCAAUCAUUGCUUGUGGAAAUGAUCCGGAUACAUCAACUAUUUUCUAUCAAUCUACAAUUCCAGAAAUUGCACAAUUGAAUUGGAUUCUCACAUGCUUCACAGGUAUGGGGUACUUGAACCGUAUGACACAAUGGAAGUCUAAAGCUAAUUUGAAGGAUACUGCCAAUGUAUCUGAUUCCGAUGCCUUAGGAAAAGUAAAAUUAGGACUGUUUGGGUAUCCAGUUUUAAUGGCAUCUGAUGUGUUGACGCUUAAAGCCACACAUGUUCCUGUUGGUGAAGAUCAAAGCCAACAUUUGGAACUAACUAGGGACAUUGCAGAAUCAUUCAACAAAAGUGUUGGGGGUCCUUAUUUUGAACUACCGAAAACAAUACUGACUCCAACCAAAAAGAUUUUAAAUCUGAAAAAUCCUGAGAAAAAGAUGAGUAAAUCUGAUAAGGAUCCAUUAUCAAAGAUUUUGAUUACAGAGUCCGCAGAAGAUAUUAGAAAGAAAUUCAGAAAGGCAACUACAGAUUCCAUUGAAGGUAAAUUGACAUUUAAUCCUGUUGAAAGACCAGGGAUCGCUAACUUAAUCAACAUUCUUGCCGCUGCUAAUGACGAAACUGUGGAAAAAACUACGGCGUUUGUUCAGGACUUGACGAAAAAAGAGUUGAAGGACUUGGUGGCAGAUAGUGUUAUCAGAGAGCUCGAUGAACCCUCAAGAAAGUACCACGAAUUGAUGGCAAACACUGAUUAUUUACGAAAACUGAGUAAUAAUGGUACGGAAAGAGCAAGAGCUGUUGCUGACAAAACUCUAAGAGAAGUAAUGAAGCUGGUCGGUUUGACAUCAUGA